AUGAGUCCGUAUCCUACUGAUCCAAUCAUACGUGACACCCUUACAGAAGGAGUCAAAAAGCAUUUUCAGAGCGACUUGGGGCGCGUUUUCCUCUUUAGACGAGAAGAAGACCCGUGUCGACAGCGAGUCGCUACAGCUUUUGCGGCAAAGUCUGAUCGCUGA